AUUCUGCGAGGCAGUCCAGCCUCCACGUCACUACACAUCGGUGUGUGCACAAAAUCACUCCUCCGUGCAGCUGCAAGCGGCGAGCUAGUGAGCGUGCUAGCACGGGAAGCCGACCUACUUCGCAACCGCAGGAGUUACAUCACAGUGGGUCGUGGCCCACCUGGCAAGUGCUGGCUCCGAGAAGCCAAACGGGUUCCAUUUUCAUGCGCACGGAACUGCGGUAUGACCAUGUCAACUUGACCCGUCGCACUCCAACUAUAGUGGCAAUUACGUCACCAAGGGAGCUGUCACUAAGGCAAAGACUGUUGUUUUUCGUCAUUCCCUGAUUGUUUGACUCAAAAGAGGAGUUAUGUCCUGUCCGUGUGCUUCGGCGGCGAGGUUGUUCCUAAACACAGCACACAGAGGAUUGUCCUGCUCUAUGCUCCAGUUUUACUCUGUGAGUCGUUAUGGUUCCAAGGACGCUCAUCUACCUCCCCGUGUGCGGGUAAGGUCCUUUUCCGAGACAGCUGUCUGCUUUGCCUCCAAAGAUGGAACAACUAAGGACAGCGGAAGUGAUGGUGGAAAGAAGAGCAUCAGUGAGGCCAAGAGAACCUCAGGCUCUGGAGGAUCAGGCAAAGGGGGAAGCCAGCUACGAUGCCCCAAAUGUGGAGACCCCUGCACACAUGUAGAGACCUUUGUUUCAUCCACACGAUUCGUCAAAUGUGAGAAAUGCCACCACUUUUUUGUGGUUCUGACUGAGACAGACUCAAAGAAGGGGCUAAACAAAGAGCCCGAGUCUGCUGCGGAAGCUGUGAAACUCGCUUUUGCACAGAAACCUCCCCCUCCCCCCAAGAAGAUAUACGCUUAUCUCGACAAAUAUGUGGUGGGUCAGUCCUAUGCAAAGAAGGUGUUGGCCGUGGCUGUGUACAAUCACUACAAGCGCAUCUAUAACAACAUCCCUGCCGGCAGUCGCCAGCAAGUGGAGGUGGAGAAACAACCCUCUCUGACACCUCGUGAGCUAGAGAUGAGAAGACGAGAGGAUGAAUACAGAUUCACAAAGCUGCUGCAGAUUGCAGGGAUCAGCCCCCAUGGCAACGCUCUGGGAGCCUCAAUGCAGCAGCAGACGAGUCAGCAGGCACCACAGGAGAGGAGGGGGGGUGAGGUCUUGGACUCCACACAUGUCGAAAUUAAACUGGAGAAAAGCAACAUCAUACUUCUUGGUCCAACUGGCUCAGGGAAGACGUUGUUGGCACAGACACUAGCACGCUGUCUAGAUGUUCCCUUCGCAAUAUGCGACUGCACCACAUUAACACAAGCCGGAUAUGUGGGAGAAGACAUCGAGUCGGUCAUUGCCAAACUGCUGCAAGAUGCAAACUACUCCGUGGAGAAAGCGCAGCAAGGUAUCGUGUUUCUGGAUGAGGUGGACAAGAUUGGCAGUGUUCCUGGCAUCCAUCAGCUACGAGAUGUGGGAGGAGAGGGAGUACAGCAGGGUUUGCUUAAACUUUUGGAGGGCACAAUCGUCAACGUUCCUGAGAAAAACUCCAGGAAGCUGAGAGGAGAGACUGUACAAGUGGAUACAACAAACAUCCUGUUUGUGGCCUCUGGUGCCUUUAAUGGACUCGACAGAAUCAUCAGCAGAAGGAAGAAUGAGAAGUAUUUAGGCUUUGGAACGCCUUCCAACUUGGGAAAAGGACGCCGUGCAGCAGCUGCGGCUGACUUGGCCAACAGCAGCGGCGAGACUGACACAGUGGCAGAGAUCGAGGAGAAAGACAGGCUGCUGAAGCAUGUAGAGGCGCGAGACCUGAUUGAAUUUGGAAUGAUCCCAGAGUUUGUGGGCCGUCUUCCCGUGGUGGUUCCUCUCCACAGCUUGGAUGAAGAGACACUAGUCCGGAUUUUGACUGAGCCACGCAAUGCUGUGGUGCCACAGUACCAGGCUCUGUUUAGCAUGGACAAAUGUGAACUCAAUGUGACUCAAGAUGCCUUGAAGUCCAUCGCUCGCAUGGCUCUGGAAAGAAAGACUGGAGCUCGUGGGCUCAGAUCCAUCAUGGAAAAGCUUCUCCUGGAGCCAAUGUUUGAGGUGCCACACUCAGACAUCAUGGUUGUCGAGCUGAACAACGAUGUGGUCCAAGGGAAGUCUCAGCCCAGAUACAUCAGGGCUCCGACCAAAGAGCAGACCGACGAGGACUACGACUCAGGCAUCGAAGAGGAGAACUGGCCUCGACAGGCAGACGCUGCUAACAACUGAAACACGUCAUUCAUUUCACUCAAAGACAGUUCACUGUAUUUUCCUAAAUGACUACCGACCUUUGGAUACCAACUUGUGGCUGUUCUUAGACCAGCCCCAACAUCAACAUAGGGACAUUUUUAUUAGGAACAAUGAAGGUGGAUGUAACUGAGGACAACUUGGGUCCUGUGUUUGUGUGUCUUUGUGCUCGUGUGUUGUAAUUCCCCAGCAGCACACUCACAGGUUGGACCUUUAUAAAAAAAAAUAUUUCAAUCUCUGGUGAUUGUUAACAUUUUAUCUAUAUAAAGAUAAUGCAAUUUUUAUUCAUGACAUUAUUUGUAGUAUAUUUUGUUGUGGUGAGGGGUGGCAUGAGCAUGGGAAGGACACAAACAAAUACACACACACACAUAAGCAUAAGCAUAAGGAGCGCUCAGUGUGUCACAACCAUGCCAAGUAAUGCCUUAAAUGAGGAGGGCAUGAUAUUCCAUGAGCGCAUCAAUAUAUCCUCUUCAGCACCAUUGUAAGAAGAAUGGUGUCCACACUAAAUGUGGAGCAGUGUGGGAAAAACAUGUUUUUACAAGCAGGUCGGAAGUGACAGGGAGCUUUUAAACAGGCAUAUUUUCUUUAUGAAUGGUGUGUAGCCCACACUUUAGGGAUUGCAGUAUAUAAUAAAUAUAUAUGUACAUGUUGUAUCACAGCAAAUCAUAACAGGGUUGAAUUUAUUAAUAUAUCCGUUUAGCAUUGUAUGGGCUUUUUUCCUUUCACCUCAGCAGGAUUCUCAUGACGCAGUCUGGUCAUAAAGUAUUUUGAUUUGUCUCGCCUGUGGAAAGUCUCCGCUUAGUGACGUUAAUAUGCUGUUACCAGAAGGUUGGUCUGUAGUCGUGCUCCACCUCAACCACGCUGCUUGUACUCUAACAUGUGAUUAAACUGCACCUGUUCUCCCUGUC